AUGGGCUCGUCACCUCACGUCAAAUUCCUCAUGAUGGUGAGCCGACUUGUCGUGGACAACUUCUUUGGGGUCUUUGCGGUGGCCGUCGCUGCCGCCGUGGUCGGGAGGGCGUGGCUCAUUCGCCCCGAAGAGAUCCUAGACCAGAUGCUCACCUUGCCGCGUGUCUACGUCUUCUUGGCGGUGAUCCUGGCGGCGGCCCUGGAGAAGAUGCGGCGCAUGCGGCGGCUGCGGGAUGUGUACCUCGUGGAGUACGGAUGCUUCCGGCCCAAGCCCUGCUACCGCACGCCGUUCGCCACGUGUCUGGAGCAUGCGCACCUCAUGCCGUACCUCGUCGACGAGGAGAGCGUCGCCUUCGCGAUGCGGCUGCUCGAGCGCUCCGGGCUCGGCGAGGAGACAUGCGUGCCGGACGCGUACCACUACAUGCCCCCGGACCGCAGCCUCAAGGCGUCCCGGGACGAGGCCGAGCUGGUCAUGUUCGCCGCCGUCGACGAUGUGUUCGCCAAGACGGCCGUGAUCAAGCCAGCCGACAUCGACGUGCUCAUCGUCAACUGCAGCAUCUUCACGCCGGUUCCGGUGUUUGCUGACAUGGUCGUCAACAAGUACAAGCUCCGCUCCGACGUGAAGAUCAUGAACCUGUCGGGGAUGGGGUGCAGCGCUGGGCUCGUCUCGGUCGGCCUCGCCAGGAAAAUCCUCCAGGUGGCGCCGGCAGACACGCGCGUGCUGAUAGUGUCCACGGAGAUCCUCUCGUCGCAGUACUACGUCGGCACGGAGCGUGCGAUGCUGCUGCCCAACUGCCUCUUCCGCAUGGGCGCCGCGGCCAUGAUCCUCUCCAACUCCCCGAGUGAGGCGCGGUUUCGUCUCCGGCGCGUGGUGCGCACCGUCACCGCCGCACGAGACGCCGACUACCGUUGCGUGUUCCAGGAGGAGGACGACAAGGGGAACACCGGCAUCCGCCUCUCCAAGGACCUCGCCACCACUGCCGGCUACGCGCUCAAGAACAACAUCGCGGCUUUCGGGCCCCUCGUCCUGCCGGCCACGGAGCAGCUCCUCGUCGCGCUGUCCCUGCUCAAACGGAGGCUCCUAAGAGGGCGCGCCAAGGUGAGGCUGUAUCGCCCGGACUUCCGCACUGCGUUCGAGCACAUCUGCAUCCACGCGGGCGGGCGUGGCGUGAUCGACGAGGUGCAGGACGGCCUCGGCCUCUCCGACGACGACGUCGAGGCGUCGCGGAUGACGCUGCACAGGUUCGGCAACACAUCCAGCAGCUCGGUCCUCUACGAGCUGGCGUACCUGGAGGCCAAGGGCCGGAUGAAGAAGGACGACAGGGUGUGGAUGAUCUCCUUCGGUGCCGGAUUCGACUGCAACAGUGUCUCGUGGGAGUGCGUCAAGCCGGCCGGCGACGCCGACGGGCCGUGGGCCGAGUGCAUCGCCCGCUACCCCGUGCAGCUGCCCGAAAUCGACAAGGACAUCAGGACAACACUGGCUUCAACUGUUAAAGUAUGGGGCAACGAGUUUCGGCGGUGA